AGGAUGCCAUUCUGGGGCACAGGGGCCCUGGGGAGACCAGAUCCCUAGGGGGCGCAUGGAGCCGCCUCGAGGGGAGUGACGGGGCCUGGCGCCCCGGGCCUCCGGGCGCUCGGACCCACAGGUGCUGCGGUGCGGUCCCGCGGUCCCGCGUCGUGGGCCGGUGCGGCGGCCUGGCCGGAAGUUGGGCUGGGCAGGGCGACAGGGGCGCAGCGGGCUGGGCGGGGCCGGCGGCGCGGAGGUUUAGAGCUCGGCCUCACUGACUCAGUUUCACCAGAAACUAGGGGGAGGAAGUAGCCGAUCGCAGGCGCACCGGCACCUGGGCAGAAGCCGCGCCCCAAGCCGCGCAGGAAGCGGGGCCCGGAUCCUCCACAGGCCCAGCCCCUCCCGCUUACCUGCGCAGGUCCCAGGUACCCUCAGAACCCAGAGCCCUGCACUCCCCUGGGAGAAGGGCGGCGGCACCCGGGAGGAUGAUGGCCGGCGCCCGUACGGUGUGGCUUCUGUGCGCCCUCGGGCUCUGGGGCGCCGAGGCCGGGUUGCCGCCUGCGCCCCCUGAGCUGCCCACUGGAGACUCCUGCCUGGCCGGCUUCACCAGCGGGGUCCCUGAUUUCGUGCUGGACACCGAGGCCUCGGUCAGCAACGGGGCCACCUUCCUGGGCUCCCCCGAGGUGCAGCGGGGCAGGAACUGCGUGCGCGCCUGCUGCACCACCCAGAACUGCAACCUGGCGCUGGUGGAACUGCAGCCCGACCGCGGGGAGGACUCUAUCUCCUCCUGCUUCCUCAUGAACUGCCUGUACGAGCAGAACUUUGUGUGCAAGUUUGCCCGCAGGGACGGCUUCAGCAACUACCUCACGAAGGAGGUUUACCGCUCCUACAGAGAGCUGCAGAAACAGGCCUUCGGAGGGACCCAGAUCCCCAGGGCCUGGGUGGGCAUAGACCUGAAGGUACAACCCCAGGAGCCCCUGGUGCUGAAGGAUGUGGGCAACACAGACUGGCACCUCCUUCAGGGUGACUCCGGCCUCAGCAUAGAGAGGAAGGAACCAGACCAGGUGGAGCUGUGGGGACUCAAGGAAGGCACCUACCUGUUCCAGCUGACAGCAGCCGGCUCAGACGAUCCCCAGAGCACAGCGAACGUCACGGUCACUGUGCUGUCCGCCAAGCAGACAGAAGACUACUGUCUGGCCUCCAGCAAAGUGGGCCGCUGCCGGGGCGCCUUCCCUCGCUGGUACUAUGAGCCCAAAGAACAGAUCUGCAAGCGGUUCAUUUAUGGAGGUUGCUUGGGUAACAAGAACAACUACCUUUGGGAGAAGGAGUGCAUGCUGGCCUGCCAGGAUGUGCAAGGUCCCUCGGUGGAAAGGCAGCAUCCAGUGUGCUCUGGCAGCUGCCAGCCCACUCAGUUCCGCUGCAGUGAUGGCUGCUGCAUCGACAGCUUCCUGGAAUGUGAUGACACCCCAGACUGCCCUAACGGCUCCGAUGAGGCUACCUGUGAAAAAUAUAGCACUGGCUUUGACGAGCUCCAGAAUAUCCAUUUCCCCAGUAACAAAGGGCACUGUGUAGACCUGCCAGACACUGGGGUCUGCCAGGAGAACAUCCCGCGCUGGUACUACAACCCCUUCAGUGAACGCUGUGCCCGAUUUACCUAUGGUGGUUGUUAUGGCAACAAGAACAACUUUGGGGAAGAGCAACAGUGUCUGGAGUCGUGUCGUGGCAUCUCCAAGAAGGAUGUUUUUGGGCUUCGGCGAGAGAGCUCCAUUCCCAGCCUAGGCUCAAUGGAAAUAACCAUUGCUAUACUCCUGGUCACCUGCAUCAUAGGGGUGGUAGCCAUCCUGGGUUACUGCUUCUUCAAGGACCAGAGAAAGGCCUUCCAAAGACACCACCGCCACCCACCACCCACGCCCGCUAGCUCCACUGUCUCCACCACUGAAGACACAGAACACCUGGUCUAUAAUCACACGACCCAGCCCCUCUGAGCCAAGGGUGCUCCCUGCUCUUGAAGACUGGGGAUACUUUGGGACCAGACUUCUCCUGCCUGUUUCACAGGCUUUUGUCCCUCAGAAGCAAGGCUUUUCCUCUCUAGGAGAAGUCUCAGCUGAGCUUGUACCAGUUGUCCCUGAGAAAGCUCAAGGGUCUGGGAGGAAUGGAAAACUCCUGAGCCAUUACUGUACAUAGAAGGACCUGCCUGAAGCUGGGUUUUUGUUGUGUUCAAAACUGCCUGCCGCCACCCUCUGGCUCUGGGGAAAGAGCUGGGGUGGUGUUGGAAACCAACCCUGUCUGCCACAGCUGCCCUUCAACUCUGCACAGUGCAGGGGUGGGAGGGAGGACUCCCUGUGUAGUUCAUGCUGUAAAGAACUGCUUUUGGGGUGCUGGGGACAAAACUCAGUGGUAGAGUAUGUGUGCGUAGCAUGCCUGAGGCACUGGGUUCAAUUCCCAGCACUGGAGAGGGGAUGCUUUGUCUUUAUUUAAUGUCUGGGGGGUGAGAGGAUCGGAAGCUGGCUGUCUUCCUCCUUUCCUAAGAUUGAGCUGUUUGCCUGUAACCAGCCCUAGCCUAGCCUAGAUAAGUAGUGAGAGCUGGAAGAGCCCAGCUACAUCCUGCAUCCUCCACUCCCUGGCCCCAGGGCUCCCCAACAUCUUAUCCCAGCCCUUCCUCAGCUUCCCAGGUCCUGUGCACUCCAUGCAAAAAAGAGGUGUAUGAAGCUGGGGGUGCAGGUUGGCACACAAAGUGCUUUGCCUAGCACACACGAGGCCCUGGGUGUUCAGUCCCCAGCUCUGCAAAAAUAAAUAAAAUGAAAUGGUU